AAUGCUUUUCAAUUAUUUGUGAACUUGCAAGAGUUUAAUCACCGUUUAUUUACAGCUGCAUAUUUUGACAUGAAGAUGGAUUUUAACACCCGACAUCCGCAAUAAACUAGCUUAUAAUAUAACUCUAUAAUAUAGAGAUAAUUAUUGAAAAACAAAUCACUCGUGAUAGUUGUGUUAAAAAACAAUUCUCUCAUAAAGAUUAAAAUUUGUCCAAUUCAAAUUAAAUAAUUUUUAGCUUCUUUUCUAAAGUCACUGUUUUCAAUCUUCAAUUCGCACGCGACAAAAAGUUUGUCGAAUAUAAUUGGCUGUUAAAAAUCUCUAGGAAAGUUCCUAGCAAUUCUUCCAAUAGCACACAACCAAUGAAAACAUUCAACGAACUUCACGCGACAAAUGAAAUUAUAUGUUCUUUGUUGCUGAACUUCCUGCACUAGCUGCACUAAAAUGAAAUAUAACAGAGAUGAUGUGAAGAAAUAGGAGAAGAAGAGAAAGGAAAAAGCGCAAAUUCAGCCACAAAACAAAGAACAAAUCUCAUUCUUAUAUAGGGGAUUCCCGAAAAAACUUUAGAGAAUCUCUUUGUUUUAUAUUUAGCGAAUAUAAAAUGGAAUAAGAUCAAUCAAAGCAUAGAGAAAAGUGUACAGUGUACAGUGCUAACAGAAGAUAUUUGAGAAGCAAUUUUAUAAUUAUCGUCAAAUAUUACGACAAUAAAACGAAAAUAUGAAGCAAUUAUAUUGCAUCAAUAUUAUGCAUAUUAGCAUCAUCUUAACAUUAUUCCUUUAUAUAGAAGUUACAGAGGUGAUGGGUCAAAGUGUGAUAACACGACCGGCAGAUUCCGAAAUGUACACCGAUAUACAUGGUGAAUCUAUUGAACAUGCAAAAAGUAUAAAAACAUAUAAUAAUGGCUGUGAAUGUAUCAAAUAUGAUUGUGGAUGCUGUCAAUAUAUAGAAUUGGAUGCAGUCUUUAUAAAUGGAACAUUAUGUGUAAAUGCAAGUUAUUUAGAGCACGAUUAUGGGAUUUCAAUCACAGUAACGUACAACAAUUUUGCAAUUAUUAAUGAGACAGUUUCAGCUAGAAAUCCACCACCUAUCUGUGUAGGAGAAGAUAUUGUGGAUGCAGUUGAAUUAGAAAUUUGCUUGCAUAUUUAUGAUAUAGAUGUUACUUCUGAUAAAUUUCAUGCAUGUUUUGAGGUUUUAGGAAAAGUUAUGAAACUUAAACUCUCUACAAUAAAGCUAGGUUGUAUUGACAGUAAGCUUAAGAAAAAGUCUAUAAUAGAAAUAAUAUCUAAUGACAUUUAUUAAUUUGUCAUUCUUAA